AUGCUAUGAAGAGCUAGAAAGUUUUUGCUGUGGGGAGAAACGAGACGAAUGUAGUAGAAAUGGUAGUGAGUAAAAGAUUUUGUGGUAUUUGUGCAGAAAUUCGUUUAUUUAAUUUCUGUAUCAGGAAGUAAUAUUAAAUAUAGAAGAUUCUAAAUACUUUCUUUGGACAUCAUAAUAGAAUACAAGAAAUAGGGCUUGUAUGAUGGAUCACCAACAAGCAGUCUUUAUUCUGAAGGAGGAUGGGUGUGGAAGAAAGGUGUACACUUUGGCACCUGAUACAAGAAAACGCUUCUUUGUCAGUGAUAACAAGGCCCAUGAAUUGAUAGAGACAGAGGAUCCAGAAAUGAGUGAGUUGUGCAAGCAGAUUAAGCUAGAACAACCAGACAUAGAUGAUCAGACAGUGGAUGCUGCAUCCAUGCUGCCAGAGGAAGCAUGCACCUUGGUGGCUGAAUUUCAUGAUGACACCGGGGCGUCUAUUGUCCCUGAUGAUGCCAUCGCAGAAGUGGUAAUGGGACAGGAGGUGAUAGCAGACAGUGAGUUGGAAUUGCUUCAAGGUGAGGAAGUUGUGACAUCUCUAGCAGCGCCAGGAGGCACUGAUGGUAUCUCGGUGGCCGUAAAAGAAGAUGAGGAUGACGAUGGAGAAUGUAUAGGUGCAAGUAGAAUGGAGCAAUCUAUAGAAGGGGAAGAUGAAGAAGCUGGGCUAGUGAUGCAACACAUGGAUAUCCGUGAACCACUUUCCACCUUGCGAACACUUUUGGAGCAACGGCUUAGUAUUGAUCUAUCUGAAUAUGAGUUCUGGCUGCAGGAUGCACAAACGUUGGAGGGGCACAAGAACCUUGUUGAUCAGUGUGUGCAGGGAGAGGGAUUGGUGCAGGUGAAUGUGCAAAUCAAAGUAGAUGAUGACAUCAAGAAAAUAAAUAUUGUGGAUGUUCUUAAGCCAGCUGAGGAAUAUGUUGAAAUAGCCGAGGGACAGUAUGAAUCCCCUGUUCAGAAACAGACUUAUCAGGCUCCUGAGUUGAAGCACAAUGUGAUCCGAUGGAUUGUGGACAGUCAUUUCAAGAAAGAACAAGAGCGGCUGAAGAUCCCCCCAGAUCCCAAUGACUGGUCAGUUGCUCAUGUGCGUCUGUGGCUUCAGUGGGCUGUGCGUCAGUUCAAUCUUGUGGGUCUGCGUCUGAGUGAUUGGAACAUCACAGGCAAACAGCUUUGUCAGCUUUCAUUGUCUGACUUCCAUUCCAAGGUUCCAGUUGACCCUGAAGACCUCUUCUGGACUCAUUUAGAACUUUUACGCAAGUGCAAGUUUGUAGCUGUGGUGCAGAAGCAGAUUGACCCUCAGCAAUAUGUGACCCACGCUGAAGGACAACAGAUACUUGGCCGACAACCACGACAAACCAAGCUGGGCAAGCUGCCUCGUAUUAUUGGCCUACCAGUGAGCGUGGUGGAAUCCAGUGGUGUGGGCUGUGGAAACAGAACUGGAAACAAUGGCCAAAUCCAGCUAUGGCAGUUCCUACUUGAGUUGCUGACAGACAAAGAGCACCGUGGUGUUAUCCAGUGGCUUGGGAAUGAAGGAGAAUUCAAACUUCACAAUCCAGAAAUGGUUGCACAAUUAUGGGGUGAACGUAAAAAUAAACCAACCAUGAAUUAUGAAAAACUGAGUCGGGCACUUCGAUAUUACUAUGACGGAGAUAUGAUUGCGAAGGUGCAUGGGAAGAGGUUUGUAUACAAGUUUGUGUGUGACCUAAAGCAGCUGCUUGGCUACAGUGCAAGUGAGUUGAACCGACUGGUGGAGGAGUGUGCUAGGAAGAGUCUCAAUGUGGGGCAACACUUCACCACUAUAUGAUACAAUGCUCUUUGUGGCUGGACAGUGUUUUAAUUGAAGAAACAGAGCAGGCGACUUGAUCACUCACAGGUUGUGUAAUAUUGAGACAAAUUGAUGUGUGUCUUAGUUUAAAAUUAUCAUUACUUGUUCUCAAUAUAAAUCAUAAGGGAAUCUUGCUAUUAAAACUGUCUUUGAUUCUGGCUUGUAUAUAAUAACUCUGUGCCAAAAUUUGGUAUGUGGUCACCAAAAUUGUACCACACCUUCACCUGGAGACAUUUAAACUGGUUUAAUAUUUGUUCGGAUUUUUUUUUUUGUGGAUUUAAUGUGUCCGAUAUAAAUAUUUUUGGAAACUUUGAAAUUUAAGAUGGCCAGUGUACAAGCUAGUCAUGAUCUUUGAACUGCUCAGUUAAUAGGUUUUAAAUAAUUGGCAACAAAGCAGUGAUGUCCCUCUUUAUUAGGUACAGCAAAGUUGAGUCUCUAAAUGAAGUCUUAUUGAAUCUGUUAAGUUCCUUGUAAAUAUGGAGUGGCAUCUCGCAUUAUCCAUGAUCUCACUUUGUGCCAUUUCACUAUUCCGUGAUUUAAUUUUAAAAGUUGCCCUGAGAUGUGUGAAGCAAUUGUAAAGACAUGAUGCACAAAUGACUGAAAGGUGGGUGAGCUCACUGCUGCAUAUCAUAGAUAUAGGCAUUCUCAGCCAUGCACGCUGUGUCUUCAGCUGCAGGCCAUGCAGUCUUUGUUAUCUCCUUAAUUUUAUGCAGUCAUAAUGUAAAAUUAUUCUUGUGAGCAAACAUGGGAAGAGUGAUAGAUGUGCUACUGGUGCCAAGGGCAAAGGGAGUUUUCUUUAAGAAAUUAAAUGAAAUUUACCUUGAGAACCAUUAGGAAGCCCCACUCCAAGGGAGUCUGGUUAAGGCUGGAUUGUUCUGGAUUCUGAUGCCCAGCAGAAUGUUUGUGUUGAGUGCAGAAGCAGGCACCCCUAGGCUUGAAGGUUUCCACGGAUCAUGGCGAUUUCGAGAACAGAAAAUUCUUGACCCUACUGGGACUUGAACUCCAACCCCUCAGUCGUCCAGUCUGUAGCUAGUCGCUAUAUCGACCGCACUACCCUGGCUCCUUGUACAAUAAAAAUAUUAAUGUUAAUACAAAAUUUCAUAGUAAGCAAUUGUUGAAUUUUUCAUUUGUGAGUUUAGAAUUAAAUACCUAUUAUGCAGUGUUAAAAUUAACUAAUUUCUUGGUAGUUUCAGUUUAUGCACUAAUUUCCAGGAAUGUAUUAAUCAUGGAUAAUGAGGGAUAUGUGUAUUCCUCUCCCUAGAAUAUGGUGCAAACACAAACACAGUCUUGGGUACUUGUUCCCGUAUACAAUUCAAAGGCUGAAUGGGGUAAGGAAUUAUCUCAACUGAAAUAAGUAUUAAGAAAAACUUUUUUUUUUUAGUGUUGUAUUUUUCAGUUGCAUUUAUUACAUAGUACACAAUGUACAUUUUCUGACUGUAGAUAAUCAGUAUGUAGCAUACUUUCAUUUUUUUUCAUUCAUAUAUUAAUAAAAAAAAUGGCAUUGACUGAUAAGAAUUAGUUGGAUAACUUGUUAAUAUCGAUAAUAAUUAUGAUAAACUAGGCCAUAUAAUAUUAUCACCACCACAAAUGUUGUAAACUUUUUCAUUAUGUGCACUCUGUUCUAAGCCAUAAUAAAAGUUCUUGUGUGCAGGUGACACA